UUCGCACAGUAUCUCCGCUUCAUGCUACUCAUGAAUAUCUGCGUUUGUUUUCGCCAUGCGGUGAGAUGCUCAAGAGUCAUGGCUGAAGCGGUAACACCCUACCCACUCAUCGCCUGGUUCGCAGAGUUCCAGAAGAACCAAAUUAUGAAGGAUGGCGUCAUUCCGAAGUGGUUUCAUGGGUUUAUAUCCAGGAAACUGUCUGAGGAACUGCUAAUGACCAAACCGCAAGGCUACUUCCUGAUUCGGAUCAGUGAAAGCAGAAUCGGAUACACCCUGUCCUACAGAUCUGUGGACGUCUGCAGACACUUUAUGAUCGACAUGCUUCCAGGAAACCAGUAUGAGAUUGUAGGUGAGAAUCUGCGGCAUCCAUCUCUCCAUGAUCUGGUAGCCUACUACCAAAGAACUCCGAUUUAUCCCUUCAGUGAGCUGCUCACCGUAGCUUGCGACCAGGCUGACCAAAAUAUCUCAGAAGACACGCCCCCUGCCUUGCCAGUAUAUCGUAGGGUGUCCCACCCCCCAAUUCGAAACCAGGACCUAAGCAUCCCGUUGGACGGUUCAUUCCCACCGAGGCUUUAUCCUAGCUUAGAGCUGGAGCUUAGUGCUGUCAAACUGGACAGUAUGAGCUCUCUAAACACGGCAUCACAAACCAAACCAAAAUCCAUACUCACACCACAGGAGAUCAACAGCAGAUGGCGCUCUGCAAUCGCUAAAACCAUUAUGGGCGAGCGAUCUACACGUUUACCAACAGAUUGGGACAAGAGAAGAUCUGAAGACAAAGUAGUCCCAAAGUCGGAGAUGAAGCACGCUCGCCUUGGCCUGAUUCAGUGCAGGAAUAUCUUUAAGAAGAAAAAGAACCUUCCAGAGGAGCCUAUGUACAUGGAAAUCAAUGAAGCCAAAGUUGCUGAGAAACCUGCUGAACUGCAGAUAGAUGAAGAAAAGAACUACCAAGAGUUUGAUGGUGUUUUUGAAACAUUACCAUUGGAAUACCUAAACCCACCUCCGUUUGCUCCUGGACACUAAAAAAUUAGGCAAAAGACAAAUUAAAAAGAAGUUUGAGAUUUAAUUUUAGGCAAUGACAUAGAAUUUACUGUAUUUUAUUGUUUUGCCACUUUUCUAGAAGCUGUCCAGCUCUGUUAUAAUGUUAUCUAACACCACUGAUGAAUGCUCAUUUCUUAUUGGUCAGAAGUUGUUGAUUAAUUGUCUUUAACAGCACUAGGUUUACAUUAAUGCACUUUUUCUACUACAGUUUUAUCUCUAUAGUAGCAACUUAUGCAGAGAUAUUUUUAUAAGUGGAUGCGCCAGAAGAAUCUCUAUCUUAUAGUAAAAGGAUUAUAAAAAUGCUGGACAUUUAUUUUAUUAUACAAAAAAUAUAUGUCAUUAUUGAUAUGAUAAAGUUUUGUAUGGACACAGAUCAUUAAUAUCAAUGGAAGGAGUCUCUAGUGUCACUUUGUUUUCACACACAUGAAAGUUUCCAUUAUAGAGAACGUUGGACUUUCUGGUUUCUGAUUAAUGAACUGUAUCGAGCUGUAUCUGUAGCUCUGUCUUAAAAUCAGGGUAUAAAUGAUUCACUCAUUUCUCACAAGAUCUGUAAAUAUAAAUGGUUUAAAUGUGUUAUUCGGAAAUAAACAAAAAUAAAUGCA